AUGCCAGCCGCUCGCGACCCGCCGGGUCCACUCAAGAUAUACUUUGGCUUGAACUCUGCCUCGACCUAUCCCACGAGAUUCCACUGCGACAAUACUACUACUACGUACAUCUACGGUACUACGACUUCGGACGUCCAGAGCUCCGUACAGAUCGACCGUACUGCUCCAUCUCGGCUCCGCGCCUCGCUUCGCUUCGCCCCAGAAGCAGUGGAAAGGAAGGAGAAGGGAAAGGGAAAGGGAAAAGGAAAAGGAAAGGGAAAGGGGGAGCCGAGCUCUCACCCCCAUGCGAUGCCAUGCCACGCGCUGCCCAAGUCGUGCUGGGGCGGGCAUGCGGCCCCGGCGUUUCGUCGUUUCCUCCAGGCCAAUUGGGGUCAUGAUCCCGGCCGACCACGGAACCAGAGAGCCCACCAGAGAGCCCACCAGAGUGCCCACCAGAGUGCCCCUGAGCGACAACGGUCGACAUCUUGCGGGUGGGCGGCUCGAUCAUCCCAACGAAACUCCCCUCCACCGCUGGUAACGGACGGGCUGAUGUGCGCCGGCUACGGAGAGCGUAGCGGGCUGCCACCCAUGACCCCAGGUAAGCGGUGCGCAGCCGGACGGGCCACGCAACCAUAUGCAGUCAAAUCCAUCACCUCGGGUGUUCGGCCGAAGCCGAACGAAACUCAAAAUAGAAACAGAAGCCUGGCAUCGCGUCACCAUUGCGGACUGUUGGUCUGA